AUGGUCAACCCCGACUUCGGCCUCGUGCCCGCGGGCAUCCCCGGCACCCCCGUACCCUUCACCCUCCACAUCCCCAACCACGACAUCCACCAGCUCCGCACCCUCGUCCAGCACGCGCCCCUGGACCCCCCCUCCUUCUACAACACCCACAACUACACCGACGGCGCCGACUUCGCCUUCGGCGCGUCCCGCGACUACAUCGCCGAGGCCGCCCACACCUGGCUGCACGACUACGACUGGCGCGCCCACGAAGCCCGCUGGAACGCCGUGCCCCAGUUCACGAUCAACGUCACGGCCCCGUCGGACGGACAGGUGUUCAACUUCCAUUUUGGCGCGCUCUUCUCUCAGCGCGAGGACGCCGUGCCGGUGUUGUUGUCCCAUGGUUGGCCGAGCGGGUGGCAUGAUUUUGUGGGUGUGUUGGAGUUGUUGGCGGAGAAGUAUACGCCGAAGACACUGCCGUAUCAUGUGAUUGCGCCGUCGAUUCCGGAUUAUGGGCCGUCGACGAGGGAUGGGUUGCUGGAGACGGAGUUGGAUUAUUAUAAGGCGGCUGAGGCGUUGAAUGAGUUGAUGAAGUCGUUGGGGUUCAAUGCGUAUGUUGCGCAGGGUGGUGAUGUUGGCACGGCGAUUACGGCUGCGCUUGGAGCGAAGCAUGAUGAGGUCAAGGCUGUCUUGUUCAACAACCUCCUCUUGAGACCAUCGGAAAUCGCGUCUGUCGCUGACCUUCCCGUCACCCCCGAGGAAAGCACCUCUCUUGCCGCGAGUACAGUGUUUGCGUACUCCGGCACCGGCUACAUGUUCGAGCACGGAACCAAACCGUCCACCAUCGCGCUAGUUCUGGGAAGUAGUCCGGUCGCCCUCCUUUCAUGGAUUGGUGGACUCCUCUCUGAAGCCGCCCCGACCCCCAUCGAUUUCAUCCUCACCCAGGUUUCCUGGUACUGGUACACCAAGUCGUUCAGCCGCUCGCUGUGGUCGUACCGCUCGGUCUGGGAAGGCGUCCUGAAGGACGUUGCGGGCAAGCUCCCCUCGCCGUUGGCCAUUACUAACAAGCCCGUUGGAUAUUCUUAUUUCCCGCAGGAGGUGUUGCCAGCGGCCCGCUCGUGGCUCGAGCACUGGUUUGGGGAGAACCUGGUGCAGUACCACGCGCAUGAAAAGGGAGGGCAUUUUGCGGCCUUUGAGGAACCUGAAGCUUUUUUGAAGGACGUCGAAGACUUUGUUGCUAUUGUGAAGACGAAGGUUGAGUUCUGA